AUCCGCUAUUGAACGCAGUUUAUCCUGUAUUAAAUUUGAUCAAUUAUUUACGUUUUAAAAUACUUAAAGUUGGAUUAGGAAAGUUGUUUUAAAUGUUUGGACAAAGUUUACAGGUAACUUAUUAGAUAUUUUGUAGUCAUGCUGGGCGAGUUGGAACUGGUGUUUUUCUGAAUCAAACGCGUCAAAUAAAUUGACAUUUUGGGGAUAUAACAAUGGAAUUAAUCGAACAAAAGGACCAUUUGUGAUGUUUAUGGGACAUAUUGGAGUGCCAACAGAAAAAGCUCUUCAAAGAGAAGUCUGGAAUCGCAAUGUGUGUGGGCUGUGGGAGUCAGAUCCACGACCAGUACAUCCUGCGGGUCGCCCCGGACCUGGAGUGGCAUGCUGCGUGUCUGAAGUGCUCGGAAUGCAGUCAGUACCUGGAUGAGACGUGCACUUGCUUCGUCCGAGAUGGCAAGACAUACUGCAAAAGAGAUUAUGUAAGAUUAUUUGGGAUUAAAUGUGCAAAAUGUAACAUUGGCUUCUGCAGCAGUGAUCUGGUGAUGAGAGCUCGUGACAACGUUUACCACAUGGAGUGUUUUAGGUGCUCGGUGUGCAGCCGGCAGCUUGUGCCGGGGGAUGAGUUCUCUCUGCGGGACGAGGAGCUGCUCUGUCGGGCUGAUCACGGGUUACUUCUGGAACGGGCCUCAGCGGGAAGCCCCAUUAGUCCGGGAAAUAUUCUCUCCAGGUCUUUUCAUAUUGCUGAUCCUGUGUCAGUUCGACAGCCUCCUCAUCGGAACCACGUCCACAAGCAGUCAGAGAAAACCACUCGGGUGCGAACAGUAUUGAACGAGAAGCAGCUUCAUACCCUUCGGACCUGUUACAAUGCCAACCCAAGACCAGACGCUCUUAUGAAAGAACAAUUGGUAGAGAUGACCGGUCUUAGCCCAAGGGUCAUCAGAGUUUGGUUUCAGAACAAACGUUGUAAAGACAAGAAGAGAACUAUAUUCAUGAAGCAACUUCAACAACAGCAUCACAUCGAUAAAACUAAUCUUCAGGGGCUGACGGGUACACCUAUGGUGGCAGGCAGUCCAAUUCGACACGACAACACGGUCCUAGGGAACCCAGUAGAGGUGCAGACUUACCAGCCCCCCUGGAAGGCCCUGAGCGAGUUCGCCUUGCAGAGUGACCUGGACCAGCCCGCUUUCCGGCAGUUGGUGUCUUUUUCUGAAUCCGGCUCCAUGGGUAACUCCUCCGGCAGUGAUGUGACCUCCUUGUCGUCGCAGUUGCCGGACACCCCGAACAGCAUGGUACCAAGUCCGAUGGACACGUGAGCCCAGCCCAACAGUGACGCUUCGAACUCCAGCAUGCUCCCGCGUGCUCUGCAUGAGAAUUGGCUAGUUAACAGCUUUGAGAGGAAAAGGAUUUCAUCUUAUUUAAAGAACAAUAACGCUGGAUUUGUCUAUGAGGAUGCACCAUUUGUUCACAGAGGGACCGGUCUGCAUUGCUCAGGAUCGGAUGAAUUACCAGCCAGUGACAACCAAGGGCUAUAACUAAAGCGGAGGCUGAGCCUCGGAUCUUACCUACAUGGUUGGACAUAGCCUACGUGAGGAUUAUAUCUACAAACAUUCAACUUUAUUAUGAGUCGCUAGCUUGUAAUGAUGAACACAUCAGAACAUUAUCCAUAGUGGCCAACAGUUGUAUAGUUUGAUCUAUGUAAGUUUCCUAUGUCGGGUUGCGACCAUGACUCUGUAGAUGUGCAUGAUUUCUAGAGAUGAUUUAAAAUCAAGCCCUGUAAAAUAGUGUAAUUAAGUGGAUGGGAUACAGAUUGUGGAACCUUUCAAGAAAAACGUAAGUUAUUGAUAUUUAUUAUGCAAAAAUGUAGGCUAUCGUAAUAAACCCAUAUGAACGGUUUAAUGUCUAAUGAACUCUGCAUGUGAAAUCUCAUAGAUGCAGUAAUUCAAUCAAAUAUUAACUGAAAUUUCAAAUGGACAAAAUAAAUCACUAUGUAUUUAUGAAACGGCUAUUUCAUGGUGGUUUUGCGUUGCCAUAAACCUAUGGGCUUAAUCUAAACUAUGUAGCCAGGGUGAAAAACGUUUGAGAUGUAAUAGGCCGAUAGAAUCUCAAAUUAAUUUCGAACCAUCCAAAAUAAAUCACGGUGAUGUCAGUUAAGACCAAUCUUUCACAGAAUCGCGUUAAUCAUUAGAGAAAAUCAAUUUGAUGGAAGCUAAUCAUUUUAAUGGCAUAUUCAAACAUCGUAACGCAACAGAAUCACAGUUGGUCAAAUGCAAGCAUUUCUACGUUGAGGCCUGUUUGUUAAAUACAAUUGAGGAUAACACAUUGUUUAUUUAAUUGUCCUCCACAUAUGGAUUUGCGAUGUGAUCAUUCCAGUUUCACUUGUAAAGUCACGAGUCUAGACAGAGGACAGGGCUCGGCGGCUCCUUAUCUACGCUUGGCAUCAUCUGCAAACGAUACAUUGAAUGGAACCACAACAAACCCACCUCUCUCUAUCGCUGGAGUCUGUGCUGAAGGGGACUCCCACCCUGCGAACGCAUACUGGCAUGUCUUGGGUUUAUUUUCCUUCCAGGCAAAAUCCUGGAUAGCCUCUGGACAAGGAGUGCAGGUCAAGAUACUGACGACAUACUAGACCUCAACAAUUUGUUGUUGUGGAUGAACUUUCUGAUCAGAGGACGCAACAGCAUUCUAACCUCUUAAUCACGAUCGGAAACAUGAUCAGUCUUUCAGCACAGUACAUAGUAGUCCUAGCUAGGUCUCUUUAUGUGACUUCUGGCAUCAAAUCAAAAAGCCAUUAGGCCUAUCCUGCCAUGCAUAGUCUUAUGUCCAAUAAUUGUAGCUAUGCAACAGUAGCCUACUGACCAACAAAUUCUGCCCUUGUACCCCACCUAAUCUUUCCUCUGGAAAUAUUUCAUAAUCGUGGUUAAAAGGCAUUUUUAGAAACAAAGCAUAGAUUUGAGAUACAGAAAUCAAAUUAUUUCCCCCUUAAACAUAAUACAUACACAUUCAUAUUCACUUGAUAAAUGUUUUGCAUAUAAGGAAGGCAAUGUCUAGAAUAAAAGUUUAUAACUUUCAAAGUCGCACAGAAAAUAACAGCAUCCAUAGGCCUCAAAUUUUGGAAUUGCUUUAUCCAUUAGCCUUGCUAUAGGCCUAGAUAGGCUAUGUAGUUAGUUAUAUUGUUGCAUAUUUCUGUCAUUUACACAACUCAUUAAUUCGUCCAUAAAGCCAUUUAAGACAACUGGCAAAUAAAUAAAGUGCGUAAUGCCUAUAUGUCUUUUGGCACGUCAGAUCAUGGUUUUAGUUAUCUAAUUUCAAUUUGAUCAGAUAAUUAUAUAGUAUGGAAAUCUGCAGUUCACAAUCAGCCAUUUAGCUGUAUCUGAUAGACAUUAGUCCAAACAACAGCCAGCAUUCGUUAACCCACUGUUGCGCUCCGAGUGGCAGAAUGAAAAUAGAUGCUGUAAUUUCCUCCUGCGUCAUUUUAGGAUUUCACCUUACCGAUAACAAAUGAUACGAAUCUAAUGGACACAUUUCCCAUAUUAACGUAAUCAGUUGUCAUAAUUCUGAUGUAUAAAUAAUUAGGCUACUCCACAGUUUGGGGUGGCUACACUAUUUCAGGGAAAUAAUAGACCUCGGCUACUUUUCAAGCGGUAGGCCCAGUGUAGAGCUGCAGUAUGCUGCAUGUGAAAUGUGUUUAAGAGUCUUAUGCAUUUACUAUCCCUUAAUAUGAGAGGCCUCUUCAGUUGAUAUUAAAGUUGAAGAGACACUUGGCAAGAAUUGUGAGAAUAUACCCAGCCCUGUAUAGGUUUAUGUACUGAAAAUAAUGAUUCAAUAUUGCAUUAAUUUCUAGGAGUUAUCUUUCAAAAAAUAUCCACUGGUAUGUCUCCUUGCUGGGAGCUCUGAAUUAACUGUUGGGAUUGAUUGAGCUGCUCCAAGGCAAGAGCAGAGGAUUGACUGGGUCUGCAGAACUGAGUCUGGUAUAGAGAAGGACCAGCCAUUUUCUUUAAAACCAAGCUCCUCACACCACCUGGGAUAUUAAUCACUAUUACAAAUGUUACAAUG